AUGACGUCAGUAUCGAAUCUUUUUUGUGAAAAAAAGAUGCUGAAACAACCAAUAUUACUUGAAUCAAAAUUUCUAAUUCGUAAUGCUGUUGAAAAUGAUUGCGAUCAUAUUAUGAGAUUAAUUAAUGAAUUAGCUGUGUUUGAAAAACUACCCGAUCAGGUUCGAAUCAAUAGUGAAACUCUUAAACAAGAUGGAUUUGGUGAGCGUCCAUUAUAUAGUUGUUUAGUUGCUGAAGAUUUAAAUGAUUCAUCAUCACGAAUCGUUGGAAUGUGUUUAAUGUUCAAUGUUUAUUCAACAUGGGAAGGAAAAUGUUUGCAUCUUGAAGAUCUAUACAUAGAAGAGGACUAUCGAAAACGUGGCAUUGGGAAAGCAUUUUUUUCUGCAACAUAUCAAAUUGCUGUUGACACAAAUUGUGCACGACUUAAUUUUAAUGUACUCAAUUGGAAUACAGAUGCAAUCGAAUUUUAUAAAACUCGUGGAGCUUUAGAUUUAACAGAAAAAGAAGGAUGGCAUAUGCUACGAGUAACACGUCAAAAUAUGGAAUUAGAAUUGAAUAAAUCAAAAAAUGAUUAA